UGCUUUUCAUUUUGCUUUGUUAGGACACGAUGCUUGAAUAAUUUACCUGUGUUUAGAUGCAGUAUUAUUCAGAAUCAUGCUUUAGACUCUGUAUUUGCCCAAACGAUCCUUAUGUGAUUAUCACGAAUACAUGUUCUUGUUCUCCGAAAUUUCGGGGAACAUUUCAUCAGUUUGGGGGAAAUGCGACAAAAACCUCAAAAUCUCCUCUGAUUGGGAUUAGACCGUUUACGUUAUUUUCUCAAAAGUAUCAUUUUCCUUGUAUACGAACCCGAUAUUUAUUCUCCAAUAUGGCUGUCAGUUAUUUAAGUCAGGUAGAAGCUCAACAAGUAGAUAAUGAAUUAUUUACAGAAUAUGCUUUCUCUGUUGAUCAGCUGAUGGAAUUAGCUGGUCUAAGCUGUGCUGUUGCUAUCAAUAAGGCUUAUCCCCUUAACAAGCUAACUAAAUCCAAUGGUUCUGUACUUGUUUUUUGUGGACCAGGAAACAAUGGUGGAGAUGGUUUAGUUUGUGCUCGACAUUUGAAAAUGUUUGGUUACAAACCUUCUAUACAUUAUCCUCGUAAUCCAACCAAACAAUUAUAUAAAAAUUUAGUUAUUCAGUGUGAAAAAAUGGACAUUCCUUUUCUAUCAGAUUUGACAAAUGAAACAGUUAACUUAUCUCAAUCUUACGAUCUAUUCAUCGAUGCACUUUUUGGAUUUGGUUUCAAACCGCCUGUAAGUCUAGAAUUCAAAAGUAUAUUACAAAUUAUGUCAACAAGUCAAAUUCCUGUCAUAUCAAUAGAUGUUCCAUCAGGGUGGAAUGUGGAAACUGGACCAUUAGAUAGUGAAAAUAAUUUAAAACCGGAUUGUUUAAUAUCAUUAACUGCACCGAAAUUAUGUGCUCAAUUCUUUCAAGGACAGUAUCAUUUUCUCGGUGGGAGAUUUGUGCCAGAUGCACUAAUGAAGAAAUACAAGUUGAAACUACCUACAUAUCCUAGUCAUGAGUUAUGUGUACUACUUAAUUCCUCCGAUGAUAAGAAGUAGUUAGUUAUAUUUGCCAAACUUUUGUAAAUGAAAUUUUGUUAAAAUAUCUUUAUCUAGAAGGUUCCACUGAAUGUUAAUACUUUAUUUACGAAUAGCACAACUAACUGAAUUAGCCUUUGUUAACAGACCAUUUUCAUGUGUAUCCACUGUGUCAUCAGAUCUGAUAGGUCUCAUUUUUAUCUCAUUUAUGUUUGAUUUGUAUGUGAAUAUAAUACACGUAUCUGUCACGUUUUCAUGAUUUUUAUUUGAAUUAUUAUAUCAAGUCUUUCAAGUAGAUACAAAUCCAGUAUUUCAAUGGAGGUAAGGAGGAAAUUAGAACUUAUUUAUUGUAAGAAUUCAAUAUAUUUGUAGACAAAAUUAUUCAUUGAUUAGUCUUACUUCUUACUAACUGUAACAGAAUAUCUGAAGAUUGAUCUAUAAAUUUGUUGAUUCAUUAUUCAAUUACAGAACCAUUAAAAUUAG